AACCGGAAAUUAUUUAGUCUAGAUCCUGGUGGUAGGAUAUUGACUUUGUUGUGUUUCGCUUGUUUAGAAGAAGCUAUACAAAGACAACAAAUAACUAAAAACCAGAGAACAAUAAUAGAUUUUCCUCCAAGGUUUUGAAACAUUGGGAUCGGAAUGAUCGAUAUUUCAGUAUCAGUCCGCACACGACCGCAACAAACGGAAGUGCAGCAUGAGUGAAAAAGAGAUGUGGAUGAAGUUAGUAGGCUAACGUCAACUCAUAAUACACUUGAAUCAGCGUGGAGGGACGUCGUUUUGCUGAAGAAGGCUCGUAUUUUAUCUGCUUCGUGAUUACCGCGUCCUCUUGGACUAACCCGGUACUUUCUCUGGUUGAGAACAGGAACAAAGGAUGGAUCCAGCUCUACUGAGGGAGCGAGAGCUGUUCAAGAAGAGAGCGCUUUCCACUCCAACUGUAGAGAAGAGACAGACUGCGUCCGACUCUGGGUCACACAAGAAGAAGAAACCCAAAGUAGAAAAAGAGGGCUCCUCUGGGUUCAAACACGGCACUGAAUCCAGUAAUGGCAACAUCAACAUCAAGGCGAGUUCUGGAUACAAGUUUGGCUGCCUGGCCAAGAUAGUCAAUUACAUGAAGACCAGGCAUCAGAACGGCGACACACACUUUCUGACUCUGGAGGAGAUUCUGGACGAGACCAAACUUCUUGACAUCAGCAUGAAACAGAAACAGUGGCUCAUGACUGAGGCCUUGGUCAACAACCCAAAAAUCGACGUCCGGGACGGUACAUACGGCUUCAAGCCCAAGUACAACCUGAAGGACAAGAAAGCCUUACUGAGACUCCUGGACAAACACGACCAGCUGGGCCUGGGAGGAGUGCUGCUGGACGACGUGGAGGAGGGGCUGCCCAACUCGGCCAAGGCCAUCAAGGCUUUGGGGGAUCAGAUCAUCUUUGUGACAAGACCAGACAAGAAGAAGAUCCUUUUCUACAAUGACAAGCACUGCCAGUUUGCAGUAGAUGAAGAAUUUCAGAAGCUGUGGAGGAGCGUCCCGGUCGACUCCAUCGAUGAGGAGAAGAUUGAGGAGUACCUGAAGAAACAAGGCAUCUCCUCCAUGCAAGAAACAGGACCAAAGAAAGUGUUACCAGUUCAGAAGAGAAAGAAGCAGAGUGGCCAGAGGAAGAGACAGUUCAAGACCCACAACAACCAUUUGGCGGGAGUGCUGGAGGACUAUUCAGACGGAGUGCCUGUGAAGAAGUGAAAUCUUCUCACUGAAAAACGGCUGGAGAUGGAGGAGACCCUGGCCCCACUACGAUAAAGACAUUUAAUGGCAGUCUGUGAUGUCAGACAAACUAGCUUAUUUUACUUUCUUCCCAUUCCCCCUGUGAAUUACUUGGAGUCAAUAGCAACUGUGUUGUGGAAUUGUUUUUUUUUUCUAAGUCAGUCGUACCAGAAAUACGCUGGAAGGAGGAAAAAAAAGUACAAAGAUGCUGUUUGAAAACACAUAACUCCUGACAGGGGACGCCACAGUCAUACUGUUAAAGUGUAAAUACAUUUUGCCCUCAUUUCAUUUAGUUUGUUGCAAAGAGGCGUGUGAAAAGAUUUAUUUCAAUGGUUAACAGUUGUCUGAUGGCUGCUUCCCGUCGUCUAAUGGGAGCUGCAGUGGAAAGUCGCCGUGUGGUGCGCAGCGCAUCGCCCUGAAGCCUCGGCCGGCAUCAAACAUCUUCAACUUCUGAUUCAAAACAUGUAAAUAUGUUACACCGUAGCACCGAGGCGUGGGGGUUGAAAAUGAGGACUUUUUGAACUGAUUUUAAUAAAGGACAUUAUUACACAA